UAUUAAAAUUUGAAAUAUAAAUAGCGUACAAAAAACAUAACUAUUUAAAUGUGAAAGCUUUUGGUUAAAAACCAAUAUUUUUGGUUCGCCUGUAACGCAACUGUGAUAAAUAAUAAAAAAAACACACAAGGAACAAAGAAAGGAAAGAAAGCAUAACCCUUUUGCGUGCUUUCAACUUUUUAUUAAAAUUUAAUUACCACAAAUCGAAUUUAUACAAAAAAAUAAGCAUAUAGAGGCUUUUUAUUCCAAAAGCGUGUGUAUUUUGCCGCUAGUAUUACAAUAUAAAAGUGAAAUGAGUGCGUGUUUGCAAAAUUCAAAGAAUUCAGCCGCUUUGGCAGUCAUUGAUGAAGAUACGGCGUCUUGCGACCCAACGUUUAGUAGUAGUAUCAGUAGUAGAAGAGAAGUUAAUGAAAACGCUCUUGGAUACCCUAGCGUAUCCAAGGCACGCACCGUCUCCUCAUCAUCUUGCGCUACUAGCGUCUCGAAUGAGUCCUUCUGUAUCUCUCUCGGCGUAGGGCCUCUGUGGUGGUUUGAUGUCCCUACCCACCACAGAACUGAUCACGAUAGGGCGUCACUCUUAACUGAACACUCUCGGAAGAUUUCUGUGGAUUCAGCUGGUGGCAGUGUAUUCGAACACAGCCGCACUUCGUCGGAGUGCUCUGAUUCGGAUGGCAGCGAUUCACAACAUAGCAGCAGUGAUGCACAAUCACUAUUUUCGAACGAAGAUUGCCAAGAGAUGGUCCAACAUAUCUUGCAACAUGAUAAUCCAACGCGUAUAACCAUCAAAUUGCAUGUCACGGAGAACCAGUUCUCGGAAUGGGAAUCGGUCUUAAAUCCGGAUAAUAACAUUUUGUACGUUGCAAUGCCCGACGAGCUUCCCCCCGAGGCUUCGAAGGACACAUUCAUCUCUUUGUUGGAGUUCGCUGAAGACAAAUUGGAUGUCGACGCAGUUGUUUUAUGUGUACGCAAGAAUCGACCAGAUCGCGCAUCUCUCUUCGAGACUUUCUUGAUAAUGGGUUUCCAACCAUUGUCCAGAAAAUCACCAUUGGCACCACCAUCCACUGCUAAGGCUUCUGAGAAUUAUUACUUCAUCUACCACAUUGAAGACUAAGUUGACAUAACAAAUAACAUCAUUAUAAUAAAUGUGUGUGACGCUAACUCAUUCGUAAAACAAAAGAAGUAAUUUUAAAAUUCUAAGAAAAACACCAAACUUACAUGCUUCGAAACACAUUUAAAAAGGGACAACAAAAUAAAUGACUGAGAAAACAUCCAUUAGCGCUCACAACACAAUAUGUCAACUUUGAGUAAGAAAGUUAAGAGUAAAGGCAAAAAUAUCGUAUUUUAUUCAAAAACACUAAAAAAAGAUAAAAAUGUAAAAAAAAAUAUAAAAAAUUAAAAAAAAAUGCAAAAAAAUUAUAAUUAUAGGUGAAUUAUAUAUUGAAUUCCUACACAUAUGAUUUAAACAUUUUACGUAUGCAUUAAUAUUACUAAAACAACGCAUUAUAUGAAGUACAUUUUAAUUUGAAAUUGAAUUAUUUUUAUUUUAAAAUUUAAUUAUUAUUUUUAUUUUAAAUAUGAAUUAUUUUUACUUUGAACAUGAAUUAUUUUUAUUUUGAACUUGAAUUAUUUUUAUUUUCAACUUGCAUUUUUCUAUUUUGAAAAUGAAUUCUUAUCAUUUUUUCAACAAUUUAUUACUAAAAUUAUAUUCACAUUUAAUUAUCUUAUCUUAUAUUAUCGAUUAUAAAAAAAAAAAUCCGUUUUUGUUACAGAGUUUUUUCCACACAAGAAGUGUAUUUAUUUAUUUUCAUUAACUAACACAAUUUUCACAUGGGUAAAAUUAUUCCGUAAAUUAUAUCAUUUAUACUAAAAAUGCAGAACCAUUAAAGUAUAUUUAAUUUUUUAACAUUUCACAUAUUUAAUUAUAUAACAGGAAAUCAUUAACACUUAUUUAUAGAAAUUAUUUAAAAAGUAAAUGAACUUGUGUAAUAAAACGGAUAAAAAAAAACAAAAAAA